AUGUAUCCCAAUCAGCCAUACUUUCAACCAGGUGCAGGUAGAGGUGCACCAUAUCCACAACAGCCACCGUACGGUACUGGGCAAGGAUUUGUAGGUGGUUAUCCACCGAAUAAUGCAACACCUCACGGAAAUAACCAAAGCGGGUAUCCCUACGGGCAGAGUGGUGGAUAUAAUCCAGCAGGUUAUCCAAAUGCUAACCAGCAACCAUAUGGAGGUAAUCCAUAUGGGCAGAACCCUGCAUACCCAGGUAGCGGAUAUCCUCCACCUCAAGGUGCUGGUGGCUAUGCACCAAAUCCGAGUAACUUCAUGUCGAACGAUCAACGUGCGCAAAGAUUGAAUCAAGUUAUACAACAGUAUGAAAUCAAUCAACAAUUUGCUGCACGUCUACAAGCGCUUGGUAAUUGUGAAAUCGUUCUACUAUGUGAUGAUUCAGGCAGUAUGAACACACCCAUUCAAGGAACAAAUCAAACACGCUGGGAUGAAUUAAAAACGCUUGUCAAUAUUGUUGUUGACAUAAGUGCUGUCAUGGAUUCGAACGGAAUCGAUAUUUAUUUUCUAAAUCGAGAUCCGAUGCUGAAUGUGGCUGAUACGCGCUAUGUUCGUCAAGUGUUCAAUAGCCCUCCACAAGGUUUAACUCCACUCGUACCAGCAUUACGGCGAAUCCUUGCUGCUAAACGUAAUCAAACCUACGAAAAGAAAUUAUUAAUUCUUAUAGCUACAGACGGAGCACCAACGAAUGAAUACGGCCAACUUGAUGUUGGCACACUGGAAGCUGUUUUACGUCAAGAGCGCACGCCGCAAACUUACGUGACGUUUUUAGCGUGUACAGAUGACCUCAAUUCUGUGAAUUAUCUAUCGAACUGGGAUAAGAUGUUGCCUAAUGUGGACGUCAUGGAUGAUUAUCGUUCAGAACGCGCUGAAAUUCAGCGAACACGUGGUUUUAAUUUUCCAUUUUCAUUCGGAGAUUACAUCGUGAAAUCAUUAUUAGGCGCUAUUGAUCCUUGGUUUGAUUCAUUGGAUGAUCGUGCAUAA